AUGACUAUUCUCGUUGGAAAGCCCCUAGCGUGGGCUAUUACUACCACUGCAGGAAGUGGGUUCCUGCUGUUCGGUUAUGACCAGGGUGUCAUGUCUGGUCUGUUGACCGGCACGGCCUUUACUCGAACGUUCCCAGAGAUUGACACUACCUCGACCGGACACGGCAGUUCAUCGUUACAAGGCACAGUUACUGCCAUCUAUGAGAUCGGUUGCUUCUUCGGUGCCAUCAUUGCGCUACUGAUCGGUGAACGAAUUGGUCGUCGGAUGUGCAUUAUAGCUGGCUGUAUUGUUCUGUCCAUCGGGGCUGCGCUGCAGUGCAGUGCGUACACCAUCCCACAUUUGAUCGUGGGUAGAAUCGUGGCUGGCAUUGGAAAUGGACUCAACACGAGUACUAUCCCGGUCUGGCAUUCGGAACUGAGCAAGGCAGCCAGUCGCGGAAAGGGGCUUGCAAUUGAGCUGUGUAUCAAUAUCUUCGGUGUUAUGACUGCAUACUGGGUUGAUUACGGCAUGAGUUAUGUGACGAACGAUGCGCAAUUCCGCUUCCCUAUUGCUUUGCAGAUCCUCUUUGCCAUCAUCACCUUGAUCGGAGUUAUUGUGCUGCCCGAGUCUCCUCGCUGGCUCAUUGCGCAUGGCCGACACGAUGAAGCUCGCCACGUCAUCUGGGCUGUUCAGCCCAAUGCUCGAUUGAUCUCGGAAGACGAUGCCACCGUAGAUGCUGACGUUACGGAGAUUACUCGAGCCAUCGCUGAGGAGCAGCAAGCAACGCAAGAAGGGUCCUUUCGGCUGGUGUUUACGAACGGCAACCAGAAAUUCUUUUACCGUACGCUGUUGGGAAUGGGCGGCCAGAUGAUGCAGCAACUGUCGGGCGUCAACCUUAUCACAUAUUAUAAUACGGUCAUCUUUGAGGAUUCGGUCGGCAUGAGCCACAAUCUAGCAUUGUUGAUGGCCGGGUUCAACGGCGUGGCAUACUUUGUGUCGACGUUUAUUCCCAUUUGGGCGAUUGAUCGACUGGGUCGCCGAAAGUUGAUGCUCUUCGCGGCCGCCGGACAAUGCAUCUGCAUGGCGGUACUGGCGGGUACGGUGUAUGACGGUGGCCACGCAGCCGGUGUUGUGGCUACUGUCAUGCUGUUCCUAUUCAACUUUUUCUUCGCCGUGGGCUUGCUGGCCAUUCCUUGGUUGCUGCCCGCCGAAUAUGCUCCGCUGUCUAUUCGAACCCAGGCUGCGGCUCUUGCUACUGCUACCAACUGGAUCUUUACCUUUUUGGUGGUGGAAAUCACCCCGGUCAGCAUUAAGAACAUUGGCUAUCGCACAUACAUUUAUUUUGCCGGCGAUGAGGUCAAGCCAACCUGCACGGGCUGCAAACGGCGCGGGGACAAGUGCCAAUGGCGCAUGCUAGGGUCGUUCCGCGAGGCCAACAUCAAGGUUCUGGAGGCGGGCCAUCCCUCGAUGAACCAGACGGGGGUCCGAACCCGGAAGCAGAGUAAAUUUAAGAUUCUGAAUGUCGUUCCUUCUCAACCCACGAGAAGGGAGCGGAAAGAGCCCGAGCCGGUCGAUGAGAGACCACCAUCACCCAGCCAUGAGCAGAAUGGAGAGGUGCAGGCACCGUCGAAUCCAGAUGGAUCCCAGUCAACGACAGGUUCUCAUCAUCAGGCAGCGCCCAGUCCCUGUUCCAAUGGACUCUCACCGCUUUCUCACCAGAGCCUCGAAGGAGUCGGCCUGCAGUCCCCUCACCCUAUUUUUCCCGGGGACGCUCCACAGUCUUAUCUCCAUUCCAGUCCGGAGUUUAUUGUCGAUGAGCUCACAGCCCUGCGCAGCCUGGCCGGCAACCCAGGGCAUUUCUCCGGCCCCGACUACCAAUCCAUGACCUCGCCGCUGUUCGACCAUAGCGUCUUCUCGGAUCCGGCGGAUCUCACCAAUGAUGUAUUUGUUCCUGGCUCGGCCUACGAAGCCCUCCAUACAGCGCUGCGCAACCGACAGCUCUGGACCGCCCGGACGGAGGUUCCCAGUCGAGACAGCACCCCUGCAUCAGUCAGAGACAAUGGCAAUGUUGCCGAGGACCAGCUUCACGUAGACAGGCGUGUCCAGUCCAAGAUUGGAGAGUUUGAACUGUCACCAGAGCGGGAGAAUGUCUUGUGGCAGAACUAUCUCAACGAGAUUUGUUCAUGGCUGGACAUGUUUGACAACCAUCGACACUUCGCUUCCACCUUCCCUCAGAUGGCCAAGUCGGCGGCGCAUCUGCGCUACUCGAUUCUGGCCCUGUCGGCGCGGCAGAUGGAGCGGCAGCAGAACGCCAAGUCCCAAUCGGAGAGUCUCUCGUUGUACCAGGAGGCCAUUCACCUGCUGCUGCCGGAGCUGGAGAGCAAGACGACACCGGUUAUUGCGUCAUGCGUGAUUUUAUGUGUCCUCGAGAUGCUCAGUUGCAAUCCCAAGGAAUGGCGCCGUCACCUGGAUGGCUGCGCCUAUCUGAUCCAGGCCGCGGAAAUCAACGGCUUCUCGGGGAAAGAGGAGCAAGCCCUGUUUUGGUGCUUUGCACGAAUGGAUGUCUGCGGUGGCCUCAUCUCCGAAGAGGAGACCAUCAUUCCGAUCCACCACUGGAUUCCGCGCGACAUGAGCCCCACCGAAGCGUCGCAGCUGUUCCUGGCGUCGAAUGUGUACACCUUUGACACCUACGCCAAUUACACCGUGUUUCUCUGCGCCCAGACACUAGGGGUGCUCUUCGGGAUGAGCCAGAUCCCUGCCUGCGUAUCAUGCCACUACCUGUCGAGUCCGAGAGAGGGCGACUCAUACGUCUCGCGGUGGCAGCGGCUAUUUGACAAUGUGGAGCAAUGUCUCGGGCAACCAACUGUAUCAUGCGUGCGCGCUGCUUCUGCUGCAACGAAAGCCCAAGACGGUUUCGCUGCAGCGCCGGCCGAAAUCGGUGUUAUGGCAUGCGAGGCAGAUAUGCGCUAUUUCCGCGUCCAAUACACACCACCGUUAUGGGUGGCUGGCAAGGUGAUGUCGCAUCAUUCGGAACACGCUGCGAUUAUAGAGACGCUGAAUCGGAUUGAGCGCGAGACGGGAUGGGCAACGGCGUGGCGGGUAGAGGAUCUGAAGGAGUUUUGGGGCGACGAGGACGAGGCGGAGGAAAUGGAAGAGAACAUGCGGCUGGUUCCAGCUGAGCUAGCUGCUCCACCCGUCAGCCGCGGCGGGGAACCCCUCUGCAAGGUGAAGCCGAGGAAGAAUCUGGUUCGCGCGCGUCCCGAUCCGCCGUGGGGCCGCUCCACCGUUCGUGAUCCUGCGACUAAUCAUAAAUCACGAUCAACUCUCCGCGGCCACCCGCUUCAGCACAAUCUCCAGCCCCUGGGCCCCCACCGGCAGAUCGGCCCCAUUGUCCUCCUGAUCGAAAUACACCCGCCAAACCCCCUCGGGCUGGCUCUCGUCCGGCAACCGCACCGCCAACCACCCCUCCCACCCCUCCAGCGUCACUCGCUGCUCAUCCUUCGUCCAAUCGAACGGCCCCACCACCUGGCCCUCACUCUCGGCACGUCCCCCCCAGCACAACUCAUGCGUCGUCGCGUCCAGAAACACCCACCGCAGCGUAGGUGGCUGCUCCCCGGUGAUGGUGACCAACCCGGCCGUAUUCUCCGGGGGAAACUCGGGGUGGGUGAAAAAGCCCCCAUUGAAGGGUGUCAUGUCGUCCGUCGGAUGUUUCGUCAGAUACAGCUGUCUGAAUUAGCUUUGGCUACUGUGGUGGUCGUAUGA